UUGCUUGUUUAAAAAAAAAGAACAGGCUUAGUGCUCCUACAGUUGAAAUAAGUAGUCUGAUUGGAAGUACUCAACGUAUGUUGUCAAACAACGUGGCCAAAUUCUGCUGUCGGCUGUUUUCUUUUAAUUAAUUUAAAGACUGUCAACCUGAGAAGCGGUGACGCUAGUAAGUGCCGUACCGGAACAGAUACUGGCUGGGAAGGUGCCAAAACUAUACGCUUUGACUUGGUACGCCUUCGCUCGACCGAGCGCGUAGACGUUUCGCACUUCUUGGGACAACGGCGUCCCUUCGAUCGAGCUGCUCUUCGCACUCUUAUGUGAAAGUAAUUCCGAUGACAGAUUUGUUCAACCGGAGAAUCGUUUUUUGGAGACGUAGCCUAGUGCACUAGCCUACCCAGGUGGAGAAGAUGGCCGCCCAUCCCUGGGUGUCGAAGGUGAUGUUCUGCAGCGGCUUUGUCGUGGGCUUCUGCCUGUGCUUCGCCGCCAUCAGCCACUUCAGGGGGAUCCCUCGGGCUCAGUGGCUCCACUGCCUGCCCACGCUGUGCAGGGCCCCUGCUGCUGACCCUGAUCCCGCCCCCCCAGUGACUGGCGCAAGCGACGGCCCGUCGGCGCCCUGGGGACGGCUCAUCUGUUGGGUGGCGGCCAAUCAGGAGGCGCCCUAUUCUAGGAGCUUCCCGUGCUGCUCCGGCGUAAUGCUUCUGGUUAGCUCCACCCCCGAUCCCAAUGCCCCGGGGGCGCUUCCCCCUCUUGAGGAACAGGAAAAACUGCGCCAUAAAACCAUGGCCGCCUUCAGCGCAUUCAACCGCAGGUACAACCGCUUCCGCAGGGCAGCCGACGACGCCCACGUGGCUCUGGAGAAGCUGAGGCGGACCCUCUCCCAGUUCCGGAAGCGUCCGGUACUGUUCCUCGACUGGGGACCCAGGACGUGCGGUGGGCGGGGCCACGCGCUGAGCCGGCACGCGGCGCCGCGAUUGGUGGAGGCGCUGCGGGACGACCCCUCCCUAGAGUUCGUGCAAGUGAGCUGCUGCCCGGAAAUGGCGAGAGGCCUCGCUGGAGACACCGACGCCCACGACGGACCAAUCAGCUUCCACCGCCUGUGACCGCGGGGCACUGUUCCCUGGGACUGACCUGAACGUGAUGAUAUUCUUCAUAUCAACAUUAUCGAAAGCACUUUCUUACUACUGGUAUUUUCUCAAGAAAGGGAAAACAACUGAUUCAUAUUUCUUAUUUAUGUAUUUUUUGCAAUUGUCAUGAAAAAUGCUUUACCACCACGGAGGUGGCAUGUUUAAAUGACCCUCCAUGCAGAUGAAAGAUGGGCUCUUGGAUGUAACAGGGGAACCAUGCUUCUUUUAUCUGGACCACGGGUAAUGAUUUGUGACCGACCCGAAAUGUGACUUAUAUAAGAUACCUUUACCAGAACCACUUACAGCCCUGUUCUCCCCAUUUAAAAAUUUGCAUUGAUGUACAGCACGUACGAACCUGGGUCAAGUACAUAUUUGUUUUGUGUUCAAAUACUUUUCUGCGCUCUGUUUGUCCUGCCUGGUGUAACUGAGCCUGCCAAUAUGACCAGAAGGCAAGGUUUGCGUUUUGAGAGUAUUUAAUUUGUUCCAAUACACCAGACAAGAUCAGUAAAGUGAAGAAAAGUAUUUGAAUUAAAAAAAAAAGAACGUACUUGACCCAGGUUUAAAAACAUGCAAUAUGUAAGUAGCUUUGCUCUGCCCACUCAGUGGGUAUGCUAGGCAAAAGAAUGUAAUUUAGACGUCCGUGUGAGUUUAAUAGCUAAAAACUCUUAUACUUCUCUCUGAUUGUUAGGGAGGUCUGACUCUGAAGGCCAAGAAUGGAUUGCGUUCCAGGCUGUUGAUGUAUGACGCGAGUGCCUUAUCUAACAGUUUGGGAACAGAACCCACCAGUGACAUUGUGUGUCCUUGUUUGCAUUGAUAUGUUGACCCUAAAAUCCAAGUACAGUAGAGAUAAUAUGAAAAUAAUUUCUCAAAAUUGCUGAUGAAUCAUCAUUUGUCACGUUGAAUGUGGUGAUCUAUAUAUCGCUUCUACUGGUGCAUACACUUAAACUGGAUAAAUUCUUGGCGUAUAAAACAUUAUAUCCAUAAUUUAAGUGGUUGUCUUAAGCUCUCAUGUGCCAGUUGGGGCCAAAAUAAAGGUUUAUGAAUACUGCUGAAAAACUGCUAUUUGAUCUCUUGGAGAUGUUUUCAUUCCUGAACUUUUAACAGAACCAAAAGAUGUUUUUGCUUGUACAUGUACAGGAUAAACAAGAUAAUAUUGUGAAUAUUACGGUUGCAAAAUAAAUGAAUAAAUAAUAAAAAAAACUUCUGCACUAAAA